AUGUCGUCAAUCAGAGCUUUGGGCAUAGCAUUCCUCACAUGCCUCACCACAGUCUCCUCGAGCUUCACCAUGCGGGUUGCGCAUCAACAGCGCGGCAUCCUCACCCUUGAUUUCGACCCUACUAAGCCAGCCAACUCGAGCAUUCGAGUCCUCAGCACCACAGAAGCUGGAUACAAGCCAGGCUGGCUACAUGCACGAGGCGACAAGUUAUUUUCCAUCUCCAGGAAGCAUUUCCCCGACAACACAUCAGACAGCGCGGGCGUCUACUCCUUUCAGAAGAUGCCUGGUGGGCAGAUAAGUUUCAUUGACAGCAAGAGCUCGCAUGGCGAUGGCGGCGUCUAUGUCGAUAUCUCUCCAGAUGGCAAGACCUUGGCGUCGGCAAACAUUGAUGGAUCUACUGUCUCGGUCUUUCCACUCAGUCCCGACGGCUAUAUCGGCGAAGCAACACAUGUUUUCAAGUACAACCUUACACACCCCGGCCCGGGAACGGGCGACUCUCAACAAAUUGCAAACCCGCAUGAGGCUGUAUUCAGUCCACACGGCGACCUCCUAGCUGUUCCUGAUAGAGGCUCCGAUCGAGUGUACCUUUACCAGGUGCACAGUACUGGCCAAGUGGAGCUAAUCAGAAACAUGACGCUCGCUCUGGGGACUGGACCGCGCCAUAUCCUCUUCUCACCACUCAGCCGAACUAAGAAUCUCAUGUAUCUUGUCUCCGAGAUAGACAACACCAUCAAUGUGUUCUCACUUGACCACCCGAGCCUAUCUUGUGGCAACUACAGGUCUGACCUCAACGAAACUCUCAAGAUCACGCACCUUCAAGUCGUUUCCACUCUGAACAGCAGUGAUCAGCGAACCAAGCCGCAGAACAUAGACCUAGCUUCGGAGAUUGCUCUUUCUAACGAUGGCCGCUUUCUUUACGUGUCCAACCGCAAUACUGAGUCUUUGGACGAUAUCGACACCCUCGCCAUUUACGCUGUUGCUGCAAACGAUCCCCAGCCUCUGCGAUUCCUCGGCCUCAACAGCACCCACGGCAAGAUUCCCAGACAUUUCUCGCUCUCUAGCGACCCUCGAAAUGGAUUCAUUGCAGUAGCAAAUCAAGUUACGAAUGACUUGCACAUUAUGGAACGCGACACGAAGAGUGGUUUUCUGGGCCGCAUCGCUGGGCAAGUCAGCUUUGGGGACGUCGAUCUUUCGACUCAACUAGGGCCUAUGGCAGUUAUUUGGGACUAA